UUUUUUUGAGGAAGGAUAAUAGAUGGUCAACACACAUCCAGGGGCGGACCAGAGGUGGGCGAUCCGGCGCCACCCCUUUGUCGUAAAAUUUUUCGUCCUAGUAUUAGGUAUACUGAUCGGCGCCCCGGCCGCCCCUUUCAUCUUCUUCCUUGAGACUGCCGAAGCACAUUGGAGAUGCAGCGAACCAGAGGUUAGAGAACAAGCCGACAGUGUGUGUUUUUUAAUAAUUAAAUGAGCCAAACGACGUCGUUUAGAUAAGUGCAAAAAAAACGACGUCGUUUUGACCAUAAUAACUGGGAUAUACGUGUUGACCUGCUGUCCGUCGUUCGACAGUCCAGACUUCUUCGUCCGCUGCUCCGCCUCGCCGGUCGCCGACCUCGCAUUACGGCUCCGUCGCAGCCUCGCGCCCUCUCCAGUCGGCGCCCUCGCCAGUCGCCACUCGCCACUCGCCAUCCCUGCGCGGCUGCCCCUGCGUGAGUGCGACACUGCGUCACGAACUCCGAGUCCGAACUCAGAAGGCCAGUUGUAUAGUUUGGCCACCCCAGCUGUCCCCGACUAAUCAGCCAACCUCUCCAAUAAUCUUCAGCGAUGGCUAGUCUGCUCUCUACCUCUUGUUUGAAUACUUAUUUAAACCCUAAAAUUCACCACAGGCUAUCAAAGAAAGGAAGGGUUAUUAUCCCUAACAAAUCAUUUCAGCUGAAAACUUUAGACUCACCAAAAGAGCUCAUCUCGAGAAGGAAAUGGUCGAAAAGAAACACCAUCAAUGUGAAGGCUGUAUUGGUUGGUCAAGAAAGAAAAACUGAUAUGGCUCCCGGUGUUAACCAAACCACUAGUAGAAGAAAAGUCAUGGUUAUCGGCGGUGAUGGCUAUUGUGGAUGGGCCACCGCUCUCCACCUAUCCAACAAAAACUAUGAGGUUUGUAUUGUAGACAACCUAGUUCGUCGCCUUUUUGACAACCAGCUUGGGCUUAACUCUCUCACCCCAAUUUCAUCCAUCCACAAUCGAAUUAGCCGUUGGAAAUCUCUCACAGGAAAAGACAUCCAACUCUUUAUUGGUGACAUUUGUGAUUUUGUGUUCUUGGCAGAAGCAGUCAAAUCUUUUGAACCAGAUGCCAUUGUUCAUUUUGGGGAACAAAGGUCCGCUCCUUAUUCAAUGAUUGACAGGUCGAGAGCUGUUUUCACUCAACAUAAUAAUGUGAUUGGGACGCUUAAUGUCCUAUUUGCCAUAAAGGAGUUCAGUGAAGAGUGUCAUUUGGUGAAACUCGGGACAAUGGGCGAAUAUGGUACCCCAAACAUCGACAUUGAAGAGGGUUACAUAACAAUCACACACAAUGGAAGAACCGAUACCCUUCCAUAUCCCAAACAAGCAAGCUCCUUUUAUCAUUUGAGUAAGGUCCAUGAUUCCCAUAAUAUCGCAUUUGCUUGCAAGGCAUGGGGUAUAAGAGCCACUGAUUUAAACCAGGGAGUUGUGUAUGGGGUUAGAACAAAUGAGACUGAAAUGCAUGAGGAACUGGUUAAUCGAUUUGAUUAUGACGGAGUAUUUGGGACUGCCUUGAAUCGUUUCUGUGUUCAGGCUGCUGUUGGUCAUCCUCUCACUGUCUAUGGUAAAGGAGGACAGACCAGAGGCUACCUGGACAUUAGAGAUACAGUGCAGUGUGUUGAGCUGGCAAUUGCAAAUCCUGCAAAGCUAGGAGAAUUUCGGGUUUUCAAUCAGUUCACAGAGCAGUACUCUGUCAACCAGCUCGCUUUCCUAGUAACCAAGGCUGGAGAGAAACUCGGGCUUGAGGUGAAAACUGUGUCCGUCCCCAACCCACGGGUAGAGGCAGAGGAACAUUAUUACAACGCCAAACACACCAAACUUAUUGAGUUGGGUCUGGAACCCCACCUUCUGUCGAACUCUCUUAUUGACUCGCUUUUGAACUUCACCAUCCAAUUCAAAGACUGUGUUGACACAAAGCAGAUAAUGCCCAGUGUUUCCUGGAGAAAUGUUGGGGUGAAGCCAAAAAUUGUUGUGUAAAUCUAGUAACAGUUCUACUUUUCUUCUAAUUAUUUUAAGAUUAUGUGUGAGUUGCAGCAGGCUUCUGUAGUAAUUUGAUGAUGAUGAUGUUAGGAUGAACAACGUGCUUGUGAGUAGAGUCUGGUGGAUACGAUUCAGGUCUAUUCAGCCGAGCUGAGUAAAACCAUAGAAGAAUUGGAAAUAUUGUACUUUUAGAAUUUAAAAAAAAAAUGUUGGAAGAAUCAUCUUUAAAAUAAGAACCUGG